AUGAUCCACAGCUGGGCUGCAGGAUUUACCCAGAGAUACGUGGUUGCGAGACUCGCCUUCGCCCCCGAACUCAGCGGCGGGCAGGUGCGCUUGGAGUCCGCGGCUGCGCGAGGCUCCCUCCUUCGAGGAAGAAAGCUCCUGGUGGCCCUCCUGGUGCAGGCCUGCCUCCUGACGCCGCCUUGCUGGGCAGAGAAGCCCUGCCCCCGGAGUUGCCGGUGCGACGGGAAGAUCGUGUACUGCGAGUCCAGCGCUUUCCGCGACGUGCCCAAACACCUCUCGGGCGGCUGCCAGGGCCUGUCGCUACGCUACAACAGCCUGGCCAACCUGCGCGCAGGCCAGUUCGUGGGCCUCAACCAGCUUAUCUGGCUCUACCUGGACCACAACUACAUCAGCAGCGUGGACGUGCAGGCCUUCCGUGGCAUCCGCCGUCUGAAGGAGCUCAUCCUCAGCUCCAACAGGAUCACGCAGCUCCACAACACCACCUUUCACCCAGUGCCCAACCUGCGCAACCUGGACCUGUCCUACAACAAGCUGCAGGCUCUGCAGCCGGGCCAGUUCCAGGGCCUACGCAAGCUGCUCAGCCUGCACAUGCGCUCCAACUCGCUGAAGAGCGUGCCCGUGAGGCUCUUCCAGGACUGCCGCAACCUGGAGUUCCUGGACCUGGGCUACAACCGCCUGCGGAGCAUCACCCGAAAUGCCUUCCAGGGCCUGCUGCGUCUGACCGAGCUGCACCUGGAGCACAACCAGUUCUCCAAGAUCAACUUCUCCCACUUCCCCCGGCUCCUGAACCUGCGGGCGCUCUACCUGCAGUGGAACCGCAUCCGCUACAUGAGCCAGGGGCUCACCUGGAUCUGGACCUCGCUGCAGAAGCUCGACCUGUCCGGCAACGACCUGCAAGUGGUGGACGCCAGCGUGUACCAGAGCCUGCCCAACCUGCAGACCCUCAACCUGGACUCCAACAAGCUCAGCAACGUGUCCCAGGAGGCUGCGGCCGCCUGGAUCUCCCUCACCACCAUCAGCCUGGCAGGCAACGUAUGGGACUGCGGCCCGGCCGUCUGCCCCCUGGUGGCCUGGCUGAGGAACUUCAAGGGGAACAAGGAGACCACCAUGAUCUGCGCCGCGCCCAAAGAGGCUCAAGGCGAGAAGGUGACGGACGCGGUAGAGGCCAGCGGAGUCUGCAGGGCCACGCCCCGGCCUUCCGUCGUCACCCCGGCGACCCCGCCCGAGACCCCCCGGCAACCGGCCCCCACGCCGUCCCGAGGCCCGGCGGGCCCCGCGGCCCCCACGGGGGCCAGCCCCUCUGCCCCAGAGCAGGAGUACGAGCACGUCUCCUUCCACAAGAUCAUCGCGGGCAGCGUGGCCCUCUUUCUGUCGGUGGCCAUGAUCCUGCUGGUGAUCUACGUGUCGUGGAAGCGCUACCCCAGCAGCGUGCGGCAGCUGCAGGAGGGCUCGGCCGCCCGGACGCGGCGCAAGAAGGCCCGCGAGACGGAGCGCACCCUCAGCUCCCCGCUACAGGAGUACUAUGUGGACUACAAACCGACAAACUCUGAGACCAUGGACAUGCUGGUCAACGGCACGGGACCCUGCACGUACACCAUCUCCGGCUCCAGAGAAUGCGAGGUCCCGCAUCAGGUGAGUGCCCUGACGUUCUACAGAUAUGACCAGCCCAUAGUGGACUACUGCCAGGCUCACCAAUCCCUGCACCUCAACAUGGGCUACGAGGGCCCGCCCCAGGGCCUGGAACGCCUGGAGGAACUGGGGUCGCGGGACGCUGGCUCUAUCCAGACGGUGGCCAUCCCGACCGCUCCCACAGCCUCUCUCUGCAACCCACGGACCACACCUGCUGCCACGCCUGUGGGGGAGGGGCCGGACCCCGGCUUCCCCCCCGCCGAACGGUCCAUGCUUACUUUCGGGCGCUAG